CCCGUCCCCGCCGCGGCAGCGAGUGGCUGUGCGAGCCGCAGAGAGACGCGCGGGCGAGGCGCGAGCGGCAGGCUUGAUCGACAUUUUCUCGGUAUUGUGGAGAGGUCUGAGUCCCACCCAGCUGGAAUAUUCUCAAGCUGUGUCUAAGAUUAGGAAGACUGUUAUGUGGGAAAGAGACUUUCUGUGAAGGCAGCUGCCCAUCUGAAUAUUGUGAAGACUUCACUCAAGCUUUGUAAGCAGCAGAGAGAUUUGUGCUUCUCUUUACACUUACACACAAUCUUUGCUUCUUAUGCACUCCAGCACCCCUAUUAGCUCAUUGUUCUCCUUCACCAGCCCAGCAGUGAAGAGACUGCUGGGCUGGAAGCAAGGAGAUGAAGAGGAGAAGUGGGCAGAGAAGGCUGUGGAUUCCCUGGUGAAGAAACUGAAGAAGAAGAAAGGCGCUAUGGAAGAACUUGAGAGGGCUCUGAGCUGUCCUGGCCAGCCCAGUAAGUGUGUCACAAUCCCACGCUCCUUGGAUGGGAGGCUGCAGGUGUCUCAUCGCAAGGGGCUGCCCCAUGUCAUCUAUUGCCGAGUGUGGCGUUGGCCCGAUUUACAGUCUCACCAUGAAUUGAAACCACUGGAAUGUUGCGAGUUCCCAUUUGGCUCGAAGCAGAAAGAAGUUUGCAUCAACCCCUACCAUUACCGGCGGGUGGAGACCCCAGUGUUGCCUCCAGUACUGGUUCCAAGACACAGUGAGUUUAACCCACAUCUCAGCCUCCUUGCCAAGUUCCGGAGUGCUUCCCUCCACAAUGAGCCUCUGAUGCCACAUAAUGCCACCUAUCCUGAUUCUUUUCAGCAAACUCCCUGCACCCCUUUUCCAUCAUCACCCAGUAACAUGUUCUCUCAGUCACCCAGCAGCAUCAGCUAUCCUAACUCUCCAGGAAGUUCUUCUGGACCAGGAAGUCCUUAUCAGCUCACAGUUGAAACACCCCCACCUUACAAUGCAAGAGAAACACCAGGAAACCAAAAUGGACGAUCAGUGGUGGAUGCAACAGCUGACAAUCAGUUAGUGCUAUCAUUGCCCAAUGGAGACUUUCGACCUGUUUGCUAUGAGGAACCCCAGCACUGGUGCUCAGUUGCCUACUAUGAACUCAACAACCGAGUAGGGGAGACUUUCCAGGCUUCUUCUCGGAGUAUUCUUAUAGAUGGAUUCACGGAUCCUUCAAAUAACAAGAACCGAUUCUGUCUUGGACUGCUCUCUAAUGUCAACAGGAAUUCUACUAUAGAAAACACCAGGCGACACAUAGGUAAAGGUGUCCAUCUCUAUUAUGUUGGUGGUGAGGUGUAUGCAGAAUGCGUGAGUGACAGCAGCAUUUUUGUACAGAGCCGCAACUGUAACUAUCAGCAUGGCUUCCACCCAGCCACUGUCUGCAAGAUCCCCAGUGGCUGCAGCCUCAAGAUUUUCAACAACCAGCUCUUUGCUCAGUUGCUCGCCCAGUCCGUCAACCAUGGCUUUGAGGUGGUGUACGAGCUGACCAAGAUGUGCACUAUCCGAAUGAGCUUUGUUAAAGGCUGGGGAGCAGAGUAUCAUCGCCAGGAUGUUACAAGCACUCCUUGCUGGAUUGAGAUUCAUCUGCACGGACCAUUGCAAUGGCUGGAUAAGGUGCUCACACAGAUGGGCUCACCUCAUAACCCCAUCUCCUCAGUCUCUUAAGAAUCAUCUCUAAUAUUACCUAUAGGAUGGAUGCUAUUGCAGGCAGUGGCUUAUAGAAUCUCCAAGUAAAAGAAGUUUCUAUAUGUAGAUGUAAAUAUAUAUACAUAGUCUACUAUUCCUAUUUUUUUCAUGGUAUGUUUUGUCAUUUCUAGUUAACAUGAUGCUAGUACGACAAGGUUAGAUUCAGGGUUAGCAUGUCUAGUCUCAUAUGAAAAAAACCAGAUCCCUGCAAAGAGCUAAACAUUUCCUGUGAGUAUCUUCAUUUCCCACCCAAGUCUUCGAGAGGUGAGAAUACUCAGCACGCCAUAUGGAUUAAAAAACCCCUGGCUGCAGAGAACCAACACCAAGCUGUGCACCACUUAAAUCCAUUUUAAAUUCUGUGGGCUUAAGCAGGACCCAAGUGGUCUGCAAGAUUUGUGCAUAGGGUGAAUUGCAGCUGGUGAGUUAAAGGAAUAAACAGCAGUUCCAAUCUGCCUUCCUAUUUGUGACAUUCCGCAGGGUACAAUCUGGACUGUUGAACAGCUGUGUCUCCUCAGUUCUCAACCUGGCAUUGCCUUUUACACUGCUUUGCUAUGAGAACAACGACUCCUGGCCUGUUCAAACACAGCCUCUAGCAUGCAAAAUCACUCCCAGCUGAAAGAUAUGAAUGUUCUAGCCAGUCACUCCUGAAUUAUAUUACAGAGUGACACCAGCAAAUUCUCAGUCCCAAACUUGUCCCCAGAAGUGUGCAUCUUGUACUGCCCAGCACCGUCCUGGACAAUACAAGUUCAUAGAAGGUCCGUUAUUUCAUUAAUAGAAAAUGAUAUGCACAAGCACUGUUAUCUCAAAUGGAGGUUCCCAAACACUUCAGUCCAAACACACUGGUUUAAAUAAAACAAGUUUAUUAACUACAGAAAUAUAGAUUUUAAGUGAUUAUGAGUAAUGAGGUAUAAAAGUCAGAAUUGGUUACAAAGAAAUAAAAGGUAAAACACAAACUAAUACCUAACUUAUCAAGCUAAGUGA